AACUGACGGAUGACUUAACAGAGGGAAAUUAAAUCCGAAUGGAAUAACAGGCCUUUAAAGAAAGUCAAUGUUGAUUGAUCAGAAAGCGCGGGUAUUCCAGCGAGUUAACUUCCCGCACUCUAUAUUGUUUGUGAAUUAAUUACUGAUAUGAAAACAUUUGCUUUGUGAGUUAAGAUAUGUGCGUAAUGAGAUAUGUACAUGUUAAAUUUGAAUCGAAAAGGAAACGCUCAGUGCUUGGUCUUUGGAAAUGAAGGCGCAGCUGGGGUCCAUUUCUGGAUUUGAAAAUAGAACCGACAUUUUCUGACAUUCUGCCUCGGAUUUGGUCAACACUUCUUCCAGAGUGCCUCUGACGGUAGCUGCAUUUUUACACGGGGUCACAAGGAACAUUUAUAAAACAGCCCCUCCCUCACCAAACCGGCAACAAGCAGAAAAGAACCCCAGGAUGGCUGUUACAGUAUCCUCCCCCCGGCGACCCUCAAGCUUCACGCCGCUCGUUCAGAGGUCACGACCCCAGACGUCACUUCCGCCACAUCACCAGUCCUUCGCAGCGUCCCCUAGGAUCCGGUCUGCUGUUGUAACGAUGCCGAGAUCUCACGUGAGUAUCGCGAGAUUCUAUGAUUGGUCAGAAGAUUUGGGAGAAUGUGUGUCCGUAUCCAAGUUUUAUAGAGACCUGGCCGUGGCGUCACAAAAACACGAUAAAGUCAAAUCCAGAAACAAAUGCUGCUCUAAAGGCGCUCAUAUGAACCCAGGGCGUAUGUUUCUCCGCGAUAAGGCGGGGCUAACGAAGGGAGAAAGGGAGAUAAUUGAGGGGAUUUAUAGAAACCGGGGCGACCUUCCAAAGGAAUCGGAAAAUUUUAAAUCUUACAAUUUUAAGGAUGAAUGGGACUUUGUCAGAAGUCAUAAAGACGCUUGGAUGAUUGGAAAACAGCUACAAAGACAAGAUCUGAAAUGUGAUCCGAGUUUACAUCUUAAACUUCCGGAAUAUUUAUUCAGUCGAAUGAGUGAAAAUAAAUCAAACUCAUCCGGAGAGUUGUGUAAGAUUUGUGAUGCCAAUCUUUCAAAUGACGCAGAUUUUGAUGAAAAUAGAACCUGUUUUCAUUGGAAGUCGAACUAUCCGACAGCGCCACCUACAACACCGGAUACAGACCGACGGGAAUUUGAUUUUCCGGAACAAACGCAAAUAAAAAAGAAAUCCAUCCAAAGAUUCAGAUACGAACAAGAGAAGCAAUCUGAAGAUCAGAGGUCUCGUGUUGUUAAAAGUCUGGACGAAUCAUUGCUCAAUGCUAGAUCACGUGACAAAUCAGACAAAAAGAAAUUAUUCGUCAACGUGUUCCUUCCCAGAAUUCCGUCGGAUGCUACUACGCAUGACUACCCAUGGAUUGUGGAUAGCAGGACAAGUAGUUUCUUGACAGAUUAUAGUCGCAAUGGCACGACUCCAAGAGUUUGUAAGACUAAGAACGAUUCGAUAUCUUAUGUGAAUUCAUUCUCUGUUGCUCGCAACCAAAACCAGACUUCCAAAUCGCAACAUUUGACCUCAAAUAGCACUGGGUAUGAAUGAGUCUGUCACUUUAUGUUAAUUUAUUAUGUCAUUUAUUUUAUUAUUUGAAUUAUUCGAAUGCUUUUUAACUUGCCAAUCUGUUGAAAUUUCAUUGAUGUAUAUUGAUUAUUUUAAAGCUCUAAUAGCGGAAAGCUAUGUGGAUAUUUUUCAGU